AUGCUAUACCGCGAUCCCAUCAUCAUGCAACACCAACAUCAACAAGAUCAAAACCAGGGUAGCCAAAGUCAAAGCGAAAGCCAACCCAACUACAGCCAACAAAGCGACGCCAGUCUCAGUCUGAACAGCCGCCGCGGCUACCCCCGCCACAGGAUGCCCUAUCCUCCCUCCUACCAUCGUCUGCUCACCCCGCCUAACGAGGAGUACGCGACGACCUCUCAGUCGAGCAUGUCGGAAUCACAGCGCUCCAUGGGCUCGGCAUCGUCUUCAAGACGCAGCAUGAUGUCUUCGUCGCAGUUUUCGACUAUUCCUACGCUGAGGAGACAGGAUGCUACUGUUGGUCAGGGCUGA